CGUGCAAUUGUUACAUCAGGGGACAAAAAAAGGCUAUUAGUUUCUGAAGAGAUCGAUAAUCCUAAGUGAUAAAGUUGCAAAAAAUAGUUGAAGUUUGAUUUUAACAUUAUCAGUGAUUUUACUUUAGAGGAUGAUCCGCUUCAGAUGCGCAUAACUUCCAGCAGGUGCGCGUUUUCUUAUGUUACUAUCUCGCUAGGGCUGUAUUUUUGCUUUGUUUCUGCAGGUCCAACCCCCCAAAACCCGCUUAAAAGAUGGUUUCGUUUCUAAAUAAAUACAAAUGAUCAACCCGGUUCAACCGAGGAAACGAGAAGUCUGUCUGACGCUCUUUGGAGAAUUGACACCGAGUUUUUUGUUUCAAAACGCUGAGAAGUCUCAGCAGACUGCUGCCAGAAAAUUCAGAAGAAGUCGCUUACGAUGAACCUAACUCUUGAUGGGCUUUUUAACAAGAAUGAAACCUAUGACUAUGAGGACUAUGAUUAUCCAGGGGAGGAGGAAUUAAAGGGAGAUGAUACGGUGUGGAUCCCACUCCUGUACUCCGUCUUUGUGAUUGUUGGCCUGCUGGGGAAUGGACUUCUCCUGGCAGUCCUGGGUCAGAAGAGCCGAUCCUGGACGGUAUCGGACAGCUUUAUUCUCCAGCUAGGUGUGGUGGACAUCCUGCUGUUGGUGACCCUGCCCUUCUACGCUGCACAUGCCAGUAAGGGCUGUGAAUGGUGCACACCGACUUUCUUCAAGAUCUGCGUAGCUGUUUUUAAGAUCAAUUUAUAUGUUGGGAUCUUUCUGCUGGUUUGCGCCUGUCUGGAUCUCUAUCUAUACUCCAUAUAUGCUGACAGGGCUUCCUGCCACAGAGCCAGCUUUGCAUUUUUUGGCUGGCUGGCGGCGUGGCUGGUCUCUAUUGUCCUGACCGUCCUGGACAGUCUUUACCUCAAGCCUGUCAUCGCUUCACUGCCAGGGAAAGCCCUCUCCGCUCUCUCUCCACCUGACUCUGGAAUGGACCUGCAGCUGAUUUCACGCGUUCUCCACCUCGGAGUUGGCGUUUUGCUCCCCGCACUCGUCCUGGUCGUGUGCUCCUCCAACAUCAUGAUACGAUGCAGAGCUAACAACCGGCAGAAGAAACAACCUGUCGUCCUCCUCCUGUCUCUGGUGACAGUUUUCCUAGUCUGUUGGAUUCCAUAUAACAUCACUCUCUUCAUUGAUGCCAUCUACUACAUGUCAAAAAACCAUUUACGCAGUUUUCCCCUCAGUUCUUUGACAACAGCUGUGAAAGUCACAUCAGCUGUAGGUUGUGUCAGUGCUUGCCUCAGGCCCUUUUUGUAUUUUCUCCUUUGCAGAAACUUCCGUACAGGAAUAUUCAGCCUUCUUAAAUGCAAUAGGAAGGAUUUUAGGGGCUCAAUGUGGGAGCUUGGCAUGGAUGGGAGCGCACCACAUGACCUGUGUCAAUCAGAGGACGAGAUGAAACAGAUGGCAAGCACAGAAAAACAAGUAGAGCCUGUUUAAGUAAGAUGGACAUGAAUACAUCAGUAUGACUCAGACAUCACCUGACAGACGCUCUUCAAAGGAAAGGGACUUUUCAAAGCAAAAGAAGUUAUUUGGGAUUGUUAGUCCACGUGUUAACUUUCAAGAAGGGAAAAGACCCAGAUUGGGUAACAGUCAAGAAUCCGAGCCUGGUCAUUGUUACAUAAAUGUUUGUUUCACAAUUUAAGCUUUCUAUUAUGAAUGCAAACAUAUUUACUUUUUUAUAUGAUAUUUUUUGUCGUUGUAUUUCAAAUUAGUGGAAUAUAUUUUAUUUAAUAUAUACCAAAUAUGCAGAAGUGUCAUUUUACAAUCUUAAAAUAAAAGUAACUAAAGUUUCAAUAAGAAAUAUUCAACCUAACUGUAAUGUUCAAAAGAAAAAAUGUAACUAUUAACACAUGCUUUUUGUUUUUUUAGCUGUAUAUCUUCCCAUUGAUCUUUUAGCCUUUCUAACUUCCAGCAAACAUUUUGGCUACAGUCUAACAAGUUUCUUACACCUCUUAUCUCUGACCUUUACCAGUUCUUCAUUAAUGAAAGUCUCUAUAUUAGGGAAUUUGCCUUAUUUGUUUUUAAUUACCCUUACAUCAUCAGUCAGAUGUACAUCUUGUGACUGUAAAUUACUUAACUACUCAUCAGGAUUUUUCUGGAUCAUGUUUUGGUUGACUUAUACUGUAAAUGGGCUUCUGGUCAAUGUCUUGCUGGAAAGUCCAAUGACCAUGAUGAAUUUCCUUGUAAAGAACCUUGUUACAAAGGCAAGGUGUGUAAAAAAACUUCAUGAUGCUUAGCACAUGAUAAAGAAUGUAAUUCCUGUUGCUGAAAAAGAGCCCCCCAUCAUCAGUCACCCACCUCCAUGCUUGAUCAUUUACCUGAGCAUACAUAUAGUCUUUUUAGUCUCAGGGUGUCAUUAGUUGAUUGAACUCUCCUCAUUGCAAGUUCUAUUAUUUUGACUUUGCUUGUAGUUUUAGUCUUGGUAUUGUGCAAUGGCAUCUGUUCUCCACACUUCAAUUGUGGUAAGCUGCAUUGUGACCACAGCUGUUCUUUAGCAGCUGACAGAAGUGUGGCUUCCACAAAAUCACAAUAGGGAGUGUGAACACCAACAGCAAGGUGGGUGAAGUGUUUUGCCCAAGGACAAAAAGAACACAGAUAGGCAGAGCUGGGACUCAAACCACUAACUCAACUGUUACAGAAUGAACCCAUACAUUGUGAGCCACAUCGAUAGAAGAGAAGGGAGCAGAAAUCUACUUUAUUGUCUAACAGUGGGGAGGUGUAUUUACAGUAGAAUGAAAGGCAAAUGAUGGCAUGUGGAUGCAUGCAAAGUUAGAAAAUAUUAAAAAUAAAAAAAUGGGUAAGAGAGACUGUACAGAUGAAGCAAAUUUAAGAGAAUUGUAAAGCGUAGUUCAUUAAAACUAAAUAAAUGUGUAGCUGAGAUGGAUGAUUUCAAAAUAACUGCACAGAAGUUUGCAUGUAUUAAUGCAUUAAAAACCAAAAUGCAAUAUGCAAAAACAGCUUUGCUGUAAAAAAUUAUUUAUUAUUAGGAUAAACCAUUCUUUCACUGAGGAAACUGCAGCUUCCUGCAAGUGGGAAGAGACAUACUGUCCUAUAGUAAUGCAAAUUUGGCCUGUGUUCUAUCGCUAGAUAUGUCCGCAGAUUUUCCAUAGGUAUUUUGGGAUGUUAGUCUUUGGAGCUUAUUUAACUAAAUUCCUUGGCUGUGAUGGAAGAUUAUUUUUCUUUUUUAUGCUUUUUUUUUUCUGUGAUUAUCCCAGUUACCUUGACUUUUCAUUGUAGCUGUGGAAGUAAGAAAAGGGAUUUUCUUUAGGAAUAGGUUGUAAAUCAGCUAGUCAGAGCUAAAAACUGGCAUUGCUUUCCUAUGUAAGACAACAGUAAUCAAUCAUGCCUUUUUGUUGAUGAUUUUUAUCAUUCACUCAUCACAUUCAAAAGUCAUUUAAAAGCCUUUUUUUUCACAGAAAACUUUGUUUGGAUAAGCCUUUAAGUCUGUCUGGAGUUUGAAUAUUUCUGAUUGUAACAGUAUGUAAAAACUAGCACCAGAAUCUAUAAGCUGUAUUUGUUGUCAGUGUUAUUUUUCCAUCUUGUCUGGCUUUGUUCACUGUAAAACUGAAAAGCUUCAACUAUUUUGUUAUUGAAGUUGCCAAAUGGUCCCUCCCAAUAAACCGUUUCACUUUUCUUUCAA